AUGCGCGUAAAUCAUAUUUACGUGUUCCAACCUAUGUCAGUUGGGGUUCUGCAUCUUUCAAUCGUUAUGAUGACGUUUCUGCUAGCGAUUGCGGUUACCGCGUCGCAUGAACCACGCUUCCACGUGCGUCCACCCACCAAUUGGAUCAACGACCCCAACGGGCCUUACCGUGACCCCAUCACAAAACAGAUGCACCUGUACAUGCAGUACAAUCCGCACGACUCGGUGUGGGGAAGUAUAAAUUGGUACCACUUCACCUCGAUGGAUUAUGUGAAGUGGCAGGAUCAAGGCAUUGCACUAAAGAAUGAUAAUGAAUACGAUCGCGGAGGUGCGUACAGUGGAUCCAUCACGGAUGGCGAUUAUGGGUCACCUGUUGUAAUGUAUACGUGUGCUGCAGAUGGUGACGUGCAGCGACAAUGCAUUGCUUUGCCACCCAAGGAAGAUGUUCAAUCUGGUGGCAAACGUUCGCUCAACUCGUUUGUUAAGCUUCCCACAAAUCCUGUAUUGACAGAGAAUGAUGUACCUGGCCUUAUUGGUCUGAACCACUUUCGUGACCCCACGAACUUCUGGGUGAACCCUGAUAACACAUCAGAGUGGCUGGUAGCUUUUGUAGCCAGUGUUAAUAAUUCAGCUGGUGUACCUGAAGCGCAGGUUGUUGUUUUCGCUACCAGUGAUCCCAAUUUUCGUUCAGACUUCCGAUUCUCACAUGCCAUUUGGGAAAAUUCAUUCGAAUUUGAUAGCAUGCUUGAAUGUCCAGACUUUUUCAAACUGGGAGAUGAAUACUAUUUGAAGGUGUCAACAAUGAUCAGUGGUCAGGACUACUGGGUGUAUGGUUACUAUAUGAAGAAUCCUGAUAAUAAAACGAUCUACCUCGAGGACUUUGCUCGCGGCCGGACAUACGUCGACUACGGCAGAUGGUAUGCAUCCAAGCAGAAUUAUGAUCCCAUUCUCAAUCGCAUUAUUUUGUGGGGUUGGAUCCCUGAAGAGGACACGGAAGCUGCAAUGAAGACUCGUGGGUGGUCUGGUGCAAUAGACAUGCCUCGUAACGUCGAGUACGAUGCUACUGCCCAAAAGUUAAAAACCUACCCCAUGCCGGAGCUCGCCAAGUUGCGUCUCUAUACUACAACGAGUGAUGUUGAAAUCGGGGUGAACGAGGUAAAAGUGUAUAACGCCAGUGCCCCGCUGCACUAUGAAAUGGUGGUGGAUUUUGUAAUACCUGAGGGAUUCACUAACAACCCAGCGGAGAACACAGACACCGUCCCAUCCUUUGGUGUACUCGUACGCUACAGGGAUAGCAACACAUACACUCGAUUCGCUGUGACGAUGCCUCCGACUGCAAAUAUGGGGGUGGGGUUUGAUCAAAAAGGAAAGGUGUUGGCCGUGUACGGGUAUGGAGAAAAAGCGGCGUGCGCUGAUGAGUGCAAUCGCGAUCGUCGUUGUGUCGCAUGGACGGUGGUAGAUACAGCAGAAGACCCGGCUGUGUGGAGGUGUACACUUAUGAGUACCUAUGGUGACGUUGUUGCCGCUAAUAACUCUGCCACAACAGGUCGUGUGUGGGAACCCAUUCUUCUUCUGGACCGAAGCAAAUCCGGCACGACUGGAUUCCACGAAACCUGGGUCGGCCGAGCUCCACUCGUUGGAGAUGGCACAAGGGUACAGCUGCGAGUAUUUGUGGAUGACACCAUCGUUCAGGUCUUCAAGGACGGCGGCCUGGAGUCGCUGACGGGUCGUGUUUACGUUCCCAAUGACUAUUCUGGAGUUGCCCUCUUCUCCCACAAUAUAAACUCACCACUCUCGGCCAGAGUCUCUUUCUACGAGAUGGAUACUGUACAUGAAUCGGAUGCAGCGUGGCAUACAGCAGGAUCACACCUUAUUAAAGUAAUGCUUUUGGUAGUUACUCUUCACACCGUAUUACCGCUGCUUCUUUUUUGA